AUGGCAAAGAGAGAGAAUGGCGUAGAAGAAGAGCUAAUGCCUUUAAGAAAACGACCUUCUCUCCGUCCGCCACAGCAACAAGUAGAAGAGCUGCCGGAGAGGUUUAAGAACAAGAUAAUGGAGAUGAGAGGCACAGAAGAGAGACUAAUAUUCAAGAGAAAGUUGACUAAGUCAGAUGUGGAUAAAGGUGCCUCACGUUUAUCCAUUCCCAUGAGUGAGCUCUUGAGCCACAGUUUUCUGACGUCUGAUGAAAAGGAAAAGGCAGAAAACCUAGUGAAAGAGGGUAGAGAAGGCAGAGGUUUGACUGUGCAAGUGAUCGAUCCUAGGUUACGAGUAUGGGAGCUGAAGCUAAGAAGAGUUGUUAUGGAGAAGAGAGAGACGAAUAAGGGGAAGAGAGGGAACCCAAGUUCGUCGUAUUGGUUGGGGUAUAAGUGGAACUAUGUGGUCAAAACUAAUAGUCUUAGAGAAGGCAAUGACUUUCAGCUUUGGUCCUUUAGGUCUCAGCAAAAACUUUGUCUUGCGCUCGUUUUGCUUCGAGGAGAAGGUAGGUCUUUGGGAAAUUAG